AUGAAACUUCUCACUCAUAACUUCUUGUCAUCCAGGUUUCUGAAGAAUGUGACCAAUGGUUAUCCACUUAUUCUUCGAGCUAAUCAAAUAGCUAAUAAGGAAGUGGAGUUUAAUGAGAAUUUCGUUCUCAAUAUGAUGCCUAAGCUUGAUUAUGCUUCUUUAUACAAUGCGGCUUAUUCGAUCGGUGAAGCUGGUAAUAUGCCUGCGACUUUACCUGAUGAUUGGGAAACGAAUACACCGGUACUAAUGGAG